UACACUGCAUUCAUUUGGAUCUCCUGUCGUUCUGUGGCGUGGCAGACACGGAACAAACCUUAAAUGUGUCCGCGUCAGACGAUAUAGAUCCGCUUUGUUUCAGAGCACAGCGCUUGCCUCUUCGUGUGCGAAAGGGACUUAACUUAAGGUUUAAGCCUGGGUUUUUGUACUACGAAGGUGGUUCACGUCUUACUGGGCUAUUCUGGGCUGAAGUUAAAAUAAACUACAGAGAAUAUGAUGGAAGAAAGUGGGAUUGAGACUACACCUCCUGCCAGCCCUACCCCUCCUCUGACUGUGGGUGGCCCAGUCGGAAGCCUGCCCACCACUGUUGGUCUGUCCACUUCACUCCCUCUCCCAGGAACAAUCAGUUCCCCCUCAGUCUCGACUUCUCUCCCCAGUGUCCCACCACUUCCUGCCUUCAGCAGCCCUCUGGCUGCACCGCUUUCCCUUUCUUCCCAAUUUCACCCUGCCUCAACACUGGCCUCACCUUUCACCAGCAGCUCUCCCGUCCCUCCUGCUGCCUCCUUCUCUUUGCCUCCUCAGGCCUCUUCCAUCAGACCUCCUUCUACUGCUUCCAGCAUGUUGCCCCCUCCUGUAGGUCCACCUGUAUCGAGCUUCUCCGUGGGUGCAGGAUAUGACAUCACACGGGGCCAUGCUGGUCGAACCCCACAGACACCGCUGAUGCCAACAUUUUCCAGUCCUGCUUCUAUACCAGGUGUGGUGUCCAACCCCAUGCUUCAGCAGUCAGUCAUUAGAGGAGGAUUAGAUACUGGAUCUCCAAUCACGUUCCCGGAGGAACAGGAGGAUCCCAGAGUGUCUGGAGACACCAACAGUGGUGGAGGCAUCUGGGGCUUUUUUAAGGGAGUAGCAGGAAACGCUGUAGUAAAGACAGUCUUAGACAAAACCAAACACUCUGUGGAGUCCAUGAUCACUACUCUUGAUCCUGGCAUGGCCCCAUACAUCAAGUCUGGUGGGGACAUUGACAUUGUUGUGACUUCAGAUAAGGAGAUGAAUGUGGGGGCAGUUAGAGAUGCUUUCCAGGAGGUUUUUGGGCUGGCCAUGGUCACCGGAGAGUCUGGUCAGUCAAACAUUGCUCCACAGCCUGUGGGCUAUGCCGCUGGUGUCAAGGGGGCUCAGGAGCGCAUUGACAGUCUGCGUCGAGCUGGUGUGAUCCACGAGAGACAGCCAGUGGUCUCUUUAGAAAACUUCAUUGCUGAACUUUUUCCUGACAAGUGGUUUGACAUCGGAUGUUUAAUCCUUGAGGACCCUGGUCAGAACAUUCACAUCGAGCUCUUCACUCAGGCAACGCCUGUAGCAUUAGAGCACGUCCAGCAGGCUCAGUCCAUGACCCCUCCUGACUACAGCCUGCGCUGGUCAGGUCUGAGUGUUACUGUGGGUGAAGUCCUGGAGCAAAACCUUCCCAACAUCAACAGAACAGACUGGCACCAGGCCAUGACAGGCCUAACCCAACGCCAGAUGAUCCACAGUGCUUCCAAAGCUCUGGCUGGUAUCUACAAACAGCAGUUGCUUCCCAGGACUACGUCAGGCUGAGUGUGUCAAGUUUCUGUGACAUACUGAGAGGAGGUGGACAGUAAACUAGCUGAUGGGACAUGAAGGUUCCACGUACCUCCCUCCAUCCGUCUGUCCUGCACAACAAAGCCAACUGCACAUUUCGUUAAAGAUGUUUGUGCCCACAGACGUUUUGCUGGCAUUCUCGUGUAUUUUAAUGGGUUUUACUGAAAAUUUAGAUUCCAUUUUGUUACGAUCAAGCUAUAGUGCAUUAUGAUCCUCUCUUCCUCCUUUUUAAAAUGUUUAUCAGUAUAAGCACAUAUUAAGGCAAAGUUUAGUGUUUUAUUUAGGCAUUCUUAUUGUUAAUGUAGAGCUUUUGUCCCAUUUGUACUUUUCUGUACCAUAAGUCCAGAUUUAGAAAGAGUAAUGCAGCAACUACCUGAUGUGAUUAGGCUGAAUGCAACAUUAAGAAGCCCUACAAUAUAGGAAAAAUCUUUUUUAGGUGGGGGGGGAUUUUCUACCAUGCCCUAGGGCCAUUAUAACCAGCUACUCCCUAUACAAUGUACUAACUGCAUGCCAACAUUGCAGUUAUCAAACAUUAAUUGUUAUGAUUUACUGUUAUUUGUUGAUACAAUGCUCAGUUAAUACAAAAAUAAAUAUAUGUGACCAUUUAACCCGAACAAAAAAAA